AUGAGUAUGCUGGACCCACGUCAGUUCCUGAUGCCAGCGUUUUGUCUCGAUUCCGCCACCACUUCAAUUCUCAGCCAACAGCCUUCGCAAAAUUCCGGUGGUGGCAAACUGACACAUUCAUUUCGAAUUUCGGACCUACUCGAAUCGUCAAGUGACAAGUCUGAACAAGCCGCAGAUAAAGAACAUUCCACAACGUCGCGCCCAGAAACUCCAGAAUCUGGCUGCUCACAAGUACGAAGUAGCCCGAACGACACCAGCCCCCUUGGAUCGAAGAAAGCCCGGAAAGCCAGAACGAUUUUCACCGAUAAACAAUUACAAGAACUCGAAUCGACCUUUGAGAAACAAAAAUAUCUCAGCGUACAGGAUCGUAUGGAUUUGGCACAACGCAUGGGACUUACAGAUACACAAGUGAAAACCUGGUAUCAAAAUCGAAGGACGAAAUGGAAGCGACAAGCGACCACGGGUAUGGAACUGCUGAACGAGGCCGGAAACCUGGCCGCCGUCCAAAAUCUGCUCCGCUCCAACCCCUACUGGGCCGGCUACGUAGGCCAACUCGGUGGGUUCCCCACUCCACUGCCCCUGAUGAUGGGCUUACCGUUAUCGGCCGCUCUGCCGUCCGUGCCCCCGUCGCUGUCGUUCGUGCUGCCCCCGUCCCAGCAUGUCGUUCCCCCCUCUAAAGAAUCCACAUCCGUUGAUGCAGAAACAACUGAUGCUAACUAG